GGGGGUUGUGGAUGGAGGUGUACGAGGCAUCAUGAGCCUGAGUUCGGAGGACAACCGUCGUUUGACGACCUUGCUGAAUGGGCUUUCGGGCAAGACGUGGUCCGACUUUCAGGACCCUGUCACGGAUGACCGCGCCCCAUUCUACUCAUUGCUGAUCGAAAAGCCGAUAUGCCUGACGGACAUGAAGGUGCGAUGCCGCUGACGGAUGGAUCUAUCACACUGCCCAUGUCAUUUCCCACACAGAAGAAGCUCGGUGCCGGCGCCUAUGGCAGUGUUUCCGAAUUCAAAGCAGAUAUGGAUCUCAUGUUCGACAACUGUCACAGGUGGGAUGCUUUCACCCAGAUCUACUGGCUGCAUCUCUCAUGUCACUCAUCAGAUACAAUACGAGCGACGAUCCCAUCACACAGUCCGUGGUGCAGAGGGCACUCACGGCACAGACGUAUUUUCUCAGUCGGUUCUUCGAGCAAUGGCCUCACUUGCGCCAGAAUAGCAACCAUAUGGCACCUGAUCACACGGGUGGGGGCUUCACGUGACAGAUUGUCACGAAUUGAUUACCUCUGUGUCCUUCUCUGUCAGCUGCUGGGUAUUGCACGGAGUGUCGGACUGACGAGUAUGAGCAUCUGCUGCUGCUGUGCAGUGGGGGGGAGGGCCAGUGUCAGCAUGCAUUGCACACCUACUGCGGGGGCCUGCGGACUGUGCCGAAAGGUGACUGGUUCUGUCCACAGUGCCGCAACGUGCAGCAGCACAUGGACGUCGAUGCCCCCGCCCCUCCAUCCCUCGAGACUGGUGGCCCCGCAAACCCUUCGGCUUCGGCAGCGGCGGCAUCCGCAUCUGAUUCCGGCGCUGCAGCAGGGGACGAGAAGACAAGGCACACACAGAAGGGGAAGAAACGGAAGGGUGGGGGCGACAAGAACGAGAACAAGGAGCCGCACGAAGAUAGGGGGCGGCUCAACCAUCUCAAGCCCGUCCUCGACGAUGACGUUGGUACGUAGUUCACCAGACCAACACACUCUUUGCAGAGGAUUAUCGCGUGUGUGUGUGUGUAGAUGCCGUUUCCGAUGUUAGCCAUAGCCUGCAGAAGCUCAGCUUCACAGCCGAGAGCCUCGUCCCGUUCGGCCGCGUGUACCGCAGUACUGAUGGAUUUGAAUAUCGUUGUCUGUUGAUCGACGGUAAUUCGUGACGAGAGGUGUAAUUGUCUGAUCGUCACAUUGCCGCUCUGGUGUAGGGAGCUUGAGCAAGUCGCAGCAUCUGCAGCUGGUGGAGCUGCCGUCAUCGCGGCCCGAUGCACAUGCCGCCACCUGCUACAAGGUGCGUAUGUCCCACACGCUGUGUCGGAGUGACUGUCCCAGUUCUCCUUUAGGUGGCGUCGUGCCGUGUCGAUACGAAUGGCGUCCCCUCGUUUGAUGACAGAAUAAGGUGUGUGGUGUGGCAAAGGAAAACCCGCACAUGCUGUUUAUCUCCCUCUGUCACCGUUUUGUGUCAGUAUCGAGGCAUUCUCCACUUUUGAUGAAGCUCUAGGUGGGUCUGCACGCGCAUUCACUCGUCAUACCCAUGUGUCCGGCUGUCUCGUGUAGACUCGUUUGCAGUGACGUGGGCAAGCCACACUGGCCUUGCAUGGACAGACGAGACCCCAAAGACCCGAAUCCAUGUCGGCCUUAGGUGUGAAUGUCCCUUUGUUUGAGUGAGUGAGGACAUUUCUUGUGUGUUUGUCUGCAGGGGCGUCGUGUGCGUGUUUCCGAGUGAGAUCGUGCCAGAUGUGCCUAUGCCUGCCAGCUCAUCCAGUGCACACGCGUGAUUGUGUCAAACAGUGCAACAUCGAUAUGUAUCAACACAAAUACAUAAUAUAUGUCGAUCGACUGACUGACAGCACUGAUUGCCAGCGUUGAUUCACACUC